CAUUCGUUGGUCGCGUCAUGCAGCGAGCCCACAAUUCAUUUGACUUUGGCGACGUCAUGGCUUCGCCCACGACCAUGAAAGCCCUCGUGUAUAGCGCAUAUGGCGACGCAAGCGCUUUGUGUGUGAAGGAAUUUCCUGUGCCCAUCCCCGCGUCCACUCAAGUACUGGUGAAAGUGGCCGCGGCAUCUAUCAACAAAGGCGACCAAUACAUCCUUCGUGGAAGCCCAUUCAUGGUCCGUCUGGCAACUGGAGGGCUCCUCAAGCCAAAACCUGACACUGUCAUCGGCAUGGACUUUGCCGGCACGGUGCACGCCGUGGGAGCGAACGUGACCAAGUUCCAUGUGGGUGACGAGGUGUAUGGAGAAGUGGACUUUACGACGGGGCGAGGAUCGUUUGCCGAGUUUGUGUGCAUGUCCGAGACCGACACAAUAUGUCUCAAGCCCACCAACUUGACGUUUGUUCAAGCCGCGGCGAUGCCUUGUGCGGCGCAGACAGCACUACAAACGAUACGAGACGACGGUGGGGUCAAACCUGGCUCCAAGGUCGUGAUCAACGGCGCGUCGGGAGGUGUUGGGUCGUAUGCCAUCCAAAUUGCCAAAGCCCUCGGGGCUCACGUGACUGCUGUGUGUAGCGCGGCCAAUGCGGAAGCCGCGCGAGAGUUGGGUGCCGACAUCGUGGUGGACUAUCACACGGUGGACUUUGUCCAGCAAUGCCAAGGACAAGCGGACGUUCUUUUGGACUAUGCUGGGAGCCGUAGCUUGCGAGACAAUCGCAGGGUGUUGGUCAAGCACGGCACAUACGUGAAGGGAGGUGGCCCACCGGAGAAAUACUUGAGCGGUAUCCUGUGCAUGUUGGUGGUCAACCCGUUUGUGAGCCAACGACUCGCUGUUGGGAUGGUCAAACCGUCGCAAGAAAAGCUCCAAACCCUCAAAGACAUGGCCGAGGCUGGCCAAGUGAUGCCCCGCAUCGCUGCCCAGUUCGACUUGACCCGCGGAGCCGACGCGUUUCGAUUCUUCGAACAGGGCCACCUCCAAGGAAAAGUUGUUGUUACGCUAGAAUAAUCCUACAAAGCGUUCACUUCGUUGCUUGAUGAAGGAGGUGCAUGAAACUCCAGGACUUAAUCGCCUUGCCUCGACAUCAUAAAUAAAUAAAGGGACAGAAAUUGC